UAUGCUCUACAGUAGCGGAUCGGAUGAUUCAACUUUGAAUACAAAAUCCAUCUAUAAAAACCUUGUUAGACCCGGUUUGCCGAGUUUAGAUACAAUGAGUCCAACAAUAAUCCAUUUAUUAGAUUAUCUGAAAUGGAAAAGGGUUGCGUUAAUGAUAUCGCAUACGUCAUUCUGCAAUUCGGUUUCGCAAUCCAUUGAGCGAAUGGUUAACGAAAGAUCGGAUUUAAAAGUUACUGAUAAGAUUAUUGUUAAUAGUUACGAAAAAGAAAAGGAGAUGGAAGUAUAUCUAAAGAGAAUUGCGGUUGGAGCUAGAAUUGUCAUUUGUUGCUUUUCAACCGAACAAAUCGGAAUUAUGAUGUAUACUGCCGCAAAGUUAAAAAUGACUGCAAAAGAUUACGCCUUCAUUUACUAUUCCGGCGUCCCGACUAGCUUCACCACAAAACCUUGGGGAGAUUCCAUUGAAAACAAAAAAUAUUUUGCGCCUCUUAUACAUAUAACUCUAAGCUCAUUGGCUGGAUCUCGUAUUCAAACAUUCCUUAGGGACGAUGUUCCCAUUGAAACUGCAAAAGCCCCAUUCUUCAGUCCCAUUUAUUUAAACAAUAACUGGACAGCUGGUGUCGAAGCUAUAUUUGUUUAUGAAACGACGUAUUUUCUGUGUAAUGUGAUGAAUGAAACCAUUCAGGCUAAUAAAUCAGUUAGAGAUAUUGAUUGGAUGAUGGAAAAGUCAAAAAGUAGAUAUAUACGUUCAAAAUUUGGUAGGAUUGAAGUAGAUUCAAAAGCUGAUAGGUUACCAGACUAUUGGGUUUGGCAUUUCGACGGAGAUAAGAAUGAGUACACUCCCUGGUUGGAAGUAAUUUUAACUGGUAGAUCAGGCAAUGGAAGUGAAAUUACAGUGUAUUCAGAAACCAAUUGGCAGACAGAAACUGGCCUUCCUCCACCCGACGUUCCUAAAUGUGGUUUUUCCAAUGAAUUUUGCCCUUCUCCUCCCACAGAUAACAAUGCACUAUAUAUAAGCAUUGGGGUAGCAUGUUUAGUUUUAAUACUCGUAUCGAUAGCGAUAUCCAUCUAUUUCAGGAGAAAAAAGUUAGAAGCGGAUAUAUAUCAAAUGAUUUGGAAAAUUAACGUCGAAGACGUCGAAUUAAUUAAUAAAGGGGCAUUUAGCGCGGUGAAUUUAAGUGCUAAAAGUAUCCAUUCAAAUUCUUCUCAACCGUCUAAUGCAUCUGUAAAAUCAGUUGGGCAAAUUUAUUCCAGAUUAGCGUUAUAUAAAGGUACAACGGUCUCGGUAAGAAUAUUUCCUCUGGAGAAUGCUACCAUUAACUUAACAAGAGAAAGAUUAAGAGAACUUAAAGAGAUGAAAGAGAUGAAUCACGAAAAUGUUAAUCCCUUUAUUGGUCUAAGUCUUGAACCUCCAAAAGCACACAUUCUAUGGAUGUACUGUUCAAGAGGUAGUCUACAAGAUAUAUUGGAAAAUGAUGAUCUAACAUUGGAUAGUUCAUUCAAGAGAUCCUUAAUAAAAGAUUUAAUAUCAGGAAUGAAUUUUCUUCAUUCGUCAAUUUUAAAAUAUCACGGAAGUUUGACAAGCGGCUGUUGUCUUAUAGAUAGUAGAUGGGUGUUAAGGAUUGGCUCUUACGGAAUGUAUCAACUAAGGAAUUUACAAUUUCAAUCAAAUUUAAAAAAAGAGGGAGUCGCGGAAUAUCAAAUUUAUAAAAAACUGCUUUGGUGUGCCCCCGAAAUUCUUCGUUCUCAACCCUUAACUAUUCAAGAUGGAACGUUACCUAUAGGUAAUCAAGAAGGAGACGUCUAUAGUUUCGCUAUGGUUCUUAGCGAAAUUCUAUUUAGGGGACUUCCAUAUUUCAAUACAUUUCUCUCGCCUAAAGAAUUGAUAACAAGAGUAAAAAAUGGUGAAAAACCGCCGCUUAGACCUACAAAGCCAGAAGAUUUAAAGUUGGACGAAGAUGAUGAUAAAUACAUAGAAUUAAUGAAAGAGUGUUGGAAUGAAAAUCCCCACGAUAGGCCUAAUUUUGAGAAAAUUACAAAAUCUGUACGCAAAAUAAAUAUUGGAAAGGAUUCGAAUAUUAUGGAUACAAUGAUAACUAAACUGGAAAAGUAUGCUAAUAAUUUGGAGGAAAUCGUCGAGAAUAGAACUAAAAUGCUUAUAGAAGAAAAGAAGAAAACCGAUUCUCUCCUAUACAGAAUGUUACCUCCAAUGGUUGCUGAAAAACUUAAAAGUGGCUGUGCAGUUGAAGCAGAAAUAUUCGAUUUAGUUACGAUAUUCUUUUCCGAUGUUGUUGGAUUUACUUCUCUUAGCUCGCAAAGUUCUCCAAUGCAAGUUGUUGAUCUCCUUAACGAUUUAUAUACCCUGUUUGAUGACAUUUUAAGUUUGUAUGACGUUUAUAAAGUUGAAACGAUUGGAGAUGCGUAUGUUGUAGUGUCGGGCGCCCCGCGUCGAAAUGGAAUGAAACACGUGAUAGAAAUAGCCGACGUUGCCCUACACUUGUCGAAAAGCGUCGGAAGUUUUCAAGUCAGGCACAAACCAGAUUUGACAAUACAUUUAAGAAUAGGUAUUCAUACCGGCCCUUGCGCAGCUGGAGUUGUUGGCCAAACAAUGCCCAGAUAUUGUUUAUUCGGAGAUACAGUUAUUACUGCAAAUAUUAUGGAAAGUAACGGAAAACCAUCAAAAGUUCACCUGAGUCCUUUUACAAAAGACGCUCUAGAAAAGGUAGCGGGAGGAGGGUACAAGAUAGAAGAACGAGGAAGUAUUCCCAUAAAGGGCAAAGGAGAGAUGACAACUUACUGGCUCUUGCAGAAAAUUGAUGAACAAGGGAAUGAACCAAAGAAAAAGGAAAUUUGA